AUGGAAGUUUGCAAAGGACGUUUGCUGGGCAUUUCGGUGGCCGUUGCACAUGGAUUUUUUUCGGGAUCGCUGAAUAUUUUGUUAAAAUUCCUUAUUACGACCUACAGCUUUACGUAUCUGACUUUAAUUCAGUGUCUGACCAGCGGCACUGCGGCUCUCACAUUAGAGGUGCUGAGGAGACUGGGCAAAAUAGAUAUACCUCCCUUCAGCCUCCAGUUAGUCAAAGUUUUUGCGAGUGUCUGUAUUUUGGCAACUUUGCAGUCCACAUUAACCCUCUGGUCUCUCAGGGGAUUGAGCUUGCCCAUGUAUGUUGUGUUUAAGCGAUGCUUGCCCUUGGUAACGUUGGGGAUUGGAGUGUGCGUGCUGAAGAACGGGCUCCCAUCAGCUGGGGUAAUAACAGCAGUUCUCAUCACCACUGGAGGAGCAGCACUGGCUGGUGCUGGAGAUCUAACAGGUGACCCUUUCGGCUACAUGACUGGCGUUUUAGCUGUGAUCGUCCACGCCUCCUACUUGGUGCUCAUCCAAAAAGUGAGUGCAGACAGUGAUUAUGGGCCGCUCACAGCCCAGUACACCAUUGCAGUGGUGGCCUCUCCCGUUCUCUUCAUCUGUUCCCUUGUAAGCAUGGACGCCAUUGACAUGUGGACAUACGAAGGUUGGAAGAACCCGUAUAUCACAGGCAUCUUCUGCACCUGCAUCCUCAUCGGCUGUGCGAUGAACUUCACCACACUACACUGUACCUAUAUCAACUCGGCCGUCACCACCAGCUUUGUGGGGGUGGUCAAGAGUAUAGCUACUAUCACUGUGGGCAUGCUGGCCUUCAGUGACGUAAUGCCAACCAAACUGUUCGUGGCAGGCGUGGUAGUUAACACUUUCGGCUCCAUCACCUACUGUGUGGUGAAGUAUCACGAAACCAAAAUGAAGUUAACCUACCAGGAUAUGGAUGAGUCUGCUAAGGAUAAAGAACUUCCAGGAGAACCUUAUGUGGAACCAGCCAAGCCUGAUGGCGAUAUGGAAACUCUUCCAAAUGAUCUGGAGAGUGUUCCCAAUGGCAGCAUGACGGCAUCAGUUGACGGCAUUGACCAGGGUCCCAUUCGUGAGAAUAAAGUGGCAGAAUCCAUAGAAUUAGAAAGACCGGGGAUCCCAUCAGAAGAUCCUACGAGACAAUCUCUGAGCGACAGUUACGUAGGGGUCUGGAGAUCCAUUCGCACCUUAAAGUUCUUUAAGAAAGACACUUUACUUGACAACAUGGAGGUUCAAAGUCCUUGA